UAAUAUUACGAAGACUAUGGAAUCGCGUUGUUGUUGAUGUUGGUUGGUAGGUUUGUAAAGACAAGUUUAAGAAGUUAAGGUAGUCAGAGAACGUGCAUUUGUUCAGUAUAUCCACGUGUUCAGUGGUAGUUGCGCGUUAUGACCCGGAUGUUUGAUUGCAGUAGAAAUAUCGCGUGUACCUGCCGACCCGGAUGUACCCUUGUGUCAACUUUAAAUAUAUCAAACAAUACUAAUGUACUCAACAAGGACUAAAAAAUAUGUUCAAUCGUGCAAAUAAAGUGGAAAGAAAAAAAUGUCGUAAUUUGAAGGAUAGAUGCGAGCAAAUCGACGAAAGGUGCGAGCAAAUUACGAAGGGACCUGAUUAACGCGGAAAUUGCAAAUCUACGUGAUCUAUUGCCAUUGCCACCAUCAACACGUCAACGAUUAUCACAACUUCAACUAAUGGCACUCGUUUGUGUUUUUUUGCGUAAAGCAAAUUAUUUUCAACAAGCAUUGAAAAAUAGUUCAUCUGAAUCUAAUAUACCAACGCCGAAUAUUGGAUUUUCAAAAGCAAUGUCCGGUUUUAUAAUGAUGAUGACACAGCAGGGUAAAUUACUUUAUAUAUCAGAAAAUGCUGCCGAGUACCUGGGACAUUCGAUGGAAGAUUUAUUGAUACAUGGUGAUAGUGUUUAUGAUGUUAUUGAUAAACAAGAUCAUCUUAUUGUACAAAAUCAAUUGGCCAGAAAUGGUCCAAUGUCUGGUAAUGAUAGAAGAUUGUUUCUUUGUCGUAUUAAUGUAUCGAGAAAUUCACGAAGACAAUUGAGAUUUGGUGAUCAAAAGGUUGUACUUGUUGAAGGACAUUAUUUACCAUUUGUACCACUUUGUAAUCGUAAUGAGUCUGUAUUUCUUGCCUCAUGUACACCAGUUGUAUUACCCGAAACACGUGAAAGUGUUGUACAGGGUGCAACAAAUAUAUUCACAACAAUACACUCAAUGGACAUGAAAUAUCUUCACAUUGACAAAACGGCUGAAAGUCACUUGGAAUACUCGAGGUCAGAAUUGGUGGGAGUAUCUUGGUACAACUUGCUUCACUGGGAUUGCAUAAGAACCGCCUACUGCAAGCAUCAAAGUGUUAUUCAAUCUGAUCAAGAUCGUACAAGUACAGCACUUCUUCGUUUGCAGAGUAGAUCAGGAAGAUGGUUUUGGAUUCAUUGUGUAUUACAAGUCAAAGAAACAUCUGAAGAAUGUCAACAUCCUAUAAUUGUUUGUACAAAUCAAGUACUGAGUGAUAAAGAAGCAGAAGUAAUGCGUUCAAGUACUUGGCUAUAUCAGUAUUCAUCACAAUCAAAAUUUACAUAUGGCAUAUGUCAAUCAUCAAAUUCACAAAAUAAUUUACAAUAUCAAGAAACUUAUACACGUCCAACAGUAUUAAUGCAGCAUCCAUCAGACGCAUCACCAAGUUCAUAUGAUGCUGAUUAUUUAUCAAAUAGUAUUAAUUCAAAUUGUGGUAAAAUUGAAGGUCGUGAUGAUAUUGAACCAGUUGAUAUGUCAAUAAAUAGUAGUGACAAUGAAGGACAACGACAUUUAUACAAUUUACAUCAUCAUCAUCAUCAUCAAAGUCAACAUGAUACACAUUUAAAUUCAUCUCAUAAUCAUCAUCAUCAGCAGCAUUCUCAUAGUCAUCAUCACCAUCAUCAUCAUCAAUCACAGCAUCAUCAACAUGCAAAUAAUCAUCAGCAAAAUCGUAUAAUGCAAAAAUCAAUUGGUUUUAAAGGUAAAUUAGCUGUUCAUUAUUUACAUGGAAGACAAUAUCAAAGCCCUGGUGAUUCACCAAAAUAUAUAACUGAUUUAGAUGUUGUUUAUAAUGAAUCAUGUGCUGAAAGAAAUAAUAUAUUAAUAAAUAAAUGUCCAAUAAAGUUAACUGGUACAAUGAUUAUUGAACAAAAUGAUACAAUUGAACAAUGGAAUAAUUCAAAUUCAUUAUGGUCAGAUAAUUUACAACGUGUGCCAGAUGUUGUACAUCAAGAUUUAAGUCCAUAUAUAACAACACCAACAACACCAAUUGAUACACCAGAUUCAGCUGAUAUACAUUCAGAAGUACCAGUAUUUAAUUUUGAUUGGACACAUGAACAUCAUUUACCAAUUCCAAAAAUAAUGGUACGUAGAGAUUUGGAAAAUCAUAGACAAAAUAGGGAUGAUAAUAAUCAACCAAUAACACUUCAUUUACCUAGAAGAAAAAAUCAAAAUGAUGAUAAUGAUAAUGUAGAUGAUGACGAUGAUGAUGAUGCUGAUGAUGAUGGUGAUAAAGAGUAAAAGAAAUUUAAAAAAAAAAUAAUAGUUUUUUACGUGAUAUAUUGAAAUUGAUAAAUUUAUUUUUGGAGAUAAUGAUAGAGAAGAGAAAUUACAGUGGGAAAUUUAAGAAAUAUAUUAUUU